AUGGGAGUCGACCCUGAAAAGAGAACCUGUCGAAAGUGCAACAAGAAACACCACUCAUUGCUGUAUGAAGAAUUGAAGGCAGACAACACUGAAGUUGUGCGACCCGACGUUUCUACUCUAAUCCGAACAAACGCGUCUUCUUUUGCCUCGUCACCCUCGAAUGUGAUUGAACCUGUAACCACGACAUGUUCCUGCAGCAGAACACCAGAGUACAAAACAGUGUUGUUGUUCACCGCCGUAGUUCACGCUUUCGAUAAGGAGGGUCAGCCGCAUCCUUGUCGAAUACUACUAGACAGUGGAUCGCAGGUAAACUUCAUCAUGGAAAAGAUGGCCAAUCUCCUUAGUGUUUCGAAAACGAAAACCAAUGUCCAAAUCACAGGGAUCAACGCACUCCGAAGUCUUUCUCGUGAGAAGAUUACCGUGACAGUCCGUUCCAGAUUUACCGAGUUCCAAGCCUGCAUUGAAUUCUUGGUGACACCUAAGGUAACACAAUCCAUACCUUCUGCCAAGUUCGAUUCCGGUCACAUAGCACUAGGUCCAAAUCUACCGACACUUCGUGAAACCUACCUAGGAUGGAUUGUCGCAGGAACCAUCAGUACAUCAGGAGAUUCAAGUGCAAAUGCUUUUCAUUCCAAUGUUGCAACCAUUGAAGAUGUUGAGGAUCUGAUGCACAGAUUCUGGAAACUCGAAGAAGUACUAACCGCUUCCAGUCGCUCAGCCGAAGAGCAGUCUUGUGAGGACCAUUUCUUGUCAACGUAUAAGCGUAAUUCAUCCGGAAGAUUUGUGGCGCAGCUUCCAUUCAAACAGAAUUUUGACCAACUUGACGACUGUUGCGCUUUAGCACUCAAACAAUUCCUGAUGUUGGAAAAGCGGUUCAAGCGUGAUCACAACUUACGAAGUCAAUAUAUUGAUUUUCUUCGUGAGUAUGAGUCACUUGGGCACUGCCAUCAAGUUGAUGAAGCCAACGACCCUCCACAUCAAGCCAAGUACUACCUACCGCACCACGCAGUUCUAAGCCCUAUGAAGUCUAGUACAAAAUGUCGAGUGGUUUUUGAUGCUAGUGCGAAGUCGGAACCUACGAAACUAUCUUUGAACGAGGUUCUACAGAUAGGUCCUGUCGUACAGAGUGACUUAUACUCGAUCAUGCUGCGCUUCCGAAAAUACUCCUAUGCUUUUUCCGCUGAUAUAUCGAAAAUGUAUCGUCAAGUGCUCAUUGCGCCGGAGGACCAACGAUUUCUGCGAAUCUUUUGGCGAGAGGACCCAUCACAACCGCUAAGAGUAAUGGAACUAAAUACGGUUACAUAUGGAACAGCUUCGGCUCCGUACCAAGCAACGCGCUGUCUCAUGCAACUAGCUGAGGAUGAAGCUUUGGAUUUCCCUGUCGCUUCUCGGAUCGUGAGGGAAGAUUUCUACGUCGAUGACGUAUUAUCCGGCGCCGAUACGUUGGAUGAGCUCAGCGAAU